AUGGGAAAUAUAGACAGCAGAUCAUAAUUUGAAUUCGGGUAUUUAAUGGUUUAAACUGACAAACCUUUCUACGAACCUGGAGAGGUUAUAACUGGUAAGGUCUACAUAAGAUGCAACACACCAUACGAUGCUAAACACAUAAUUCUUAAAAUCAAAGGCAAAGAAAAAGGUUCAUGGAUUCAAACUGUUCACAGAACGGUGAGAAAUCCUGAUGGGACGAGUAGAACUGUUUCUGAGAAAAUAAAAAGAAAGUCUAGAAGAAACAUUAUGGAAUCCAAAGCUCCUUGCUUUGUUUUCACUCAAGGCCUUAUACCAGGAGAUUAUGUCGUACCUUUUAGUUUCUCCUUACCUAGUGGAAUUCCUUCCUCAAUGCAUUUUAUGAACAGAGGAGACCUUAGACAUCCAAAGGCUCAAGUUAAGUACUCUAUAAAGGCAUUUAUAGAAACAAAUACUCAUGGAGUUGGAAUGGGCUACAAACAAAUACUUCUUGUUCGAGAGCAUCCUCCUAAUUUCGAAGUUAACAUUGAAAGGACAUCUGAGAACUUGGUUAAGACAUGGUGCUGUGUAAAUCAAGGUUUUUCAAAAAUCAUGGUAAGAUUUGAAAAGAAUACAUUCUUGCCAUAUGAGAAAUGCAAGACAUAAAUCUUGCUCGACAAUUCAAGAUGUAAUAUAGCACUAAAAACAGUAAGAUUCUGUAUUGAGCAAGAAAUAGUCAUCAAUUGUAAUGGGCAUGUAUAUAGAGGAACUAAGGUUCUCAAGGAAAAACAUGAUGAUGGUGUACCUGCAAGGCACCCUUAAAUAUCUGAGAGAGAAAUAGAGAUUGACCUGAGUGAAAUAAAAUACCCAGUUCCAGAGCAUAGAAGAAAAAGAGGUUAACUUAGAAAAGUAACUCCAGAGGAAGCUUUCCAAAUGGGUCAAGCACAGCCAGCUUGUCAUGGUCUUAUUAUAAGGAAUGAAUACUUUUUAACUGUGAAAACUGUAUUUGAAGGGUGCACCUGCUGUGCUGAUUUACCAAUGGCAAAGAUUCCGCUAGUCAUUAUACCAUAUAUAAGUUUAGUCAGUGAAGGCUACUCUGUUCCACCUGAUUAUAACCCAAUGAUUCAAAAGCACUGUGAUAUUGCAUUGUAAUUUUGA